AGCUGUCAGUAGAGAAGCGUUCGGGGAAUGGCACACAAAAGCUGUGUAUGCGAUCUUUGUGCCAAAACACGCAGCGAGUGACUAUGAGACGGAUGUUCACAAAGAAAACUUUACAGUCGUAUGGAUCUCUUUUUAGUAACAAAGGAUUGUAUCUUUGACAUACAGUUUUGAGAAUAUUUAAUUUUGGCAGUUGUUCUUGAUGUUUUCCAGAAAGUUGGCCUCCUGGGUAUAAGGUGUUGAUGGUAGUUGACCGGUUUCCUACAGCCAUAGAUCGUGAUCGCUAAUCAGAUAAAGUCAUGGUGCUCAUUCUGGGUCGCCGUCUUAAUCAUGAGAACUCCUGUGGUGUACCAGAAUCUCCGGCAAUCAAGCGUAAAGUUUUUGAGAUGGACUCCAAGAACCUAAACGAGGUUUACAACUUCUCUUCUGGGUCUUCUCACGCCGAGACCGUCCUCCAGGUCUUCAAUGAGUUCCGAGACAGUCGUCUCUUCACGGAUGUGAUCAUCAGCGUCCAGGGUCGUGAGUUUCCCUGUCACCGCGCCGUGCUGUCGGCAUGCAGCAGCUACUUCCGUGCCAUGUUCUGUAAUGACCAUCGGGAGAGCCAAGAGAUGCUGGUGGAGAUCAACGGCAUCCAGGCGGACGCCAUGGACACGUUCCUGCAGUACGUUUACACAGGCCGUGCUUGCAUCACCACGCACAACGUCCAGUUCCUCUUCGAGACCUCCAGCCUCUUCCAUAUCGUCACUCUGCGGGACGCAUGCGCCAAAUUUCUGGAGGAGCAGCUGGACCCGUGCAACUGCCUUGGUAUCCAUCGCUUCGCAGAUGCUCAUUCUCUCAAACAGCUGGCCAGUCGUUGCCGUGGCUUCGCCCUGCAGAGUUUCCCAGAGGUGGCACAGCAUGAAGAGUUUCUGGACCUGCGCAAGGAUGAACUGGAGGAAUAUUUAGGUAGCGACGAGCUGUCUGUUGGAAGGGAGGAGUUUGUGUUCGAAGCCGUGAUGCGUUGGGUCUACCACAGUGUAGAGUACCGCCGGCCGGUGCUAAAAGACCUGCUGCAACAUGUCCGACUGCCUCUCCUGCACCCAAACUACUUUGUCCAGACGGUGGAAGGUGAUCAGCUGAUCCAGAAUGCUCCAGAAUGUUACCAGCUGCUGCAUGAGGCACGUCGGUACCAUGUGCUUGGCAAUGAGAUGAUGUCACCACGUACCAGACCCCGCAGGUCGACAGGAUUCUCUGAGGUCAUCGUGGUGGUGGGGGGCUGUGAGCGGGUGGGUGGGUUCAAUCUGCCCUACACAGAGUGCUACGACCCAGUGACUGGAGAGUGGACGUCUCUUGCAAAGCACCCAGAGUACACUAAAUCUGAGUAUGCAGUCUGCGCCCUCCGUAAUGACAUUCUUGUGUCAGGUGGACGCAUCAACACCACUUACGUGUGGAUGUAUAACUCUCAGCUCAACCUCUGGAUCAAAGUGGCUUCUCUGAACAAGGGUCGCUGGAGGCACAAGAUGACUGUCCUUCUGGGGAAGGUAUAUGCAGUUGGAGGUUAUGAUGGGCAGUGCUGUCUCAGUAACGUGGAGGUGUAUGACUCCUUCUCCAAUCGCUGGACUGAGAUCACCCCUAUGAAAGAAGCCGUAUGCUCACCGGCGGUCACCAGCUGCGCGGGAAAACUCUUUGUGAUUGGAGGACGGCCAAAUGAAAACACCUGCUCCAAUAAGGUCCAGUGUUAUGACCCAGAGACUGACAGCUGGCAGCUGAAGGCAUGUGUUCCCUUCACCAAACCCAAUAUUUCUGCUGUGUCUCUCAGUAACCUCAUCUACGUCUGUGGGGGCCUUACCAAAGCCAUCUACUGCUACGAUCCUUCACAUGACCACUGGAUGCAUGUGGUCAGCACCUUUAACAAACAGGAGAGUUGCGGGAUAUCCGUUUGUAAUGGGAAAAUCUACAUCUUGGGUGGUCGAGGAGAGAACGGCGAAGCUUCCGACAAUAUCCUGUGCUAUGACCCCGCCUCUGGCAUCAUCACGGGCGUGGCCGCGAUGCCGCGCCCCAUCACCUACCACGGUUGUGUUACCAUACAGCGUUUCAGCGAGAAGCAUCACAAACCCUGAUAGAAGCCCCAAACACACGCAAGCUGGAUGUGUAAACUCAUUCUGGCAAUUAAGCACAUCCACAUUUGUGCUGAAUAUCACACUAUUUGGUAAUUUUCUCUCACAGAUACAAUUAACGUAAAUAUAUUCAUCUACAUUUUACUAAUCACAAUCAUGACAAAGCUAUUAAGAAGAUAUGUUAUCAGGGACACACAAGUUUCCUGGCAUUGGCCGUUUCUCUGGAACACAGAAAUGCGUAAAAAUAUCCCCUUCCUUCUAAGGAAGGUCCGAGAUUGUAUCAGAUAUCUGAUGGAGCCAUCAGGUUAUUUAGAUGCUGUCAUUGGGAUAGCCAUCACCUGAAACAGACUCCACAAAUGCCCACUUUCUGUUCACGUUAUACUUUCUCUUUUGUGAUUUACGACAUGUUUGUUUGGUAUUGUUUUACCUCUCAAAUCUAGAAACAAAUUUUCUUUUUAUUCAUAUUUAUGUCUGCCUUACUCAGAUACGUUACUGUAUUUGUAUGUUACUGUUACUUUUUGCUUAUUUUGUAGCAUCAAUCCUACAUAUAGACUUUGGUUGAUUUCUUGGUGUGGGGAAGUCUGCUAUUGUUUUGUGUAAACUGGUAAUAUUUGUGGUGGUUUUGUAUUGUAAUAUGCUGUCUCCUUCUACGUUAUUAGGCUUUUGAACUUGCCAAAUGACAAAAAACACAAUUGCUACAUCACACUCGCUGCAGGAGUUUUUUAAGCAGCAUUUGUUUAUAAAUGUAGCAACGGUGGUAAGCCUUGGGGAGUUUUGAUCUCUAAAACUUCUUUUGGGUUCUCGAUGAACCGUACAGCUGUGAAUUUACAUGUUUUCAUCUGCGUGUCAUUUUUAUUUAAGUAUCUCAAUAUUUUUAGUGUGACAACCACGAUGUGCCUUUCCGAUCAUCUUUUUUUAUCAGAGCGCCAAUCGUGCACUUGUCGUGUUAGUAUUAGUAAUAUGCUGUCUUUGUGUAAAUACAUUUUUUGUUUUUGAUCAUCUUUUCUUAAAUGUUAUGCGUGUUAUUUUGUGAUUGAUGAAUGAAUGAUGCUCGCAGUUGUAGAUUGUAACCGAGUCGGAAUGCGGAAAGUUGGAACCAUCUUGAGUGAUUGAUGCUUAGACUGAACAGAAACUGUUAUGUUUUGCUAUAAGAUAACAGCAAACUCGUGCUUAAAACAGACAUCAGAAUCAUCUGGUAUCAGUUUCAAUGACUAAAAUGGUUCAAGAAAGCCCUGCAGCUCUUACUGUCUGGAAUGACAAAAAUAUAAGUGUGUGAGUAAUAGCGUAUUUAAAUAUUUCUGUAUACGUACAUACAUGAUUUUUAUUAUUAUUACCUGAUGAACUGUCGUAAGCUUUUCAAAUGUUAUUUUCCCCAUGUACUGUUGUACUGGUAUCCUAUGCUGGUUUUGCUUUCAAACCAAACAUAAAAGUUGUGUGUCUGUGUUGAAUGUUGUAUUGGUAUUAUUUUCGUCCGAUUGUAAAAAAAAACAUGUUUGUAUUCGCUCAGUGCUUUAGUGUGGUUUUUACUCAUGUUGCAUGGGGACAAAAUGUGGAUUUGUCAUUACAGACUUACUGAGCAAACUAACUCCUGCUCAGGUAAUAGUGCAAAGUUAUUGGUAUAAAAUCUUCUGAGUUCUGAGAUGAUGUCAUGUUUAGCAGGUUUUAUGCAUCCUGGUAGUCGUGUUCCUGUGGGUGAAACCAUCGACCGGUUGUGACCUACGGUUCCAAAGAACUUUUUGGAUAGUACACAAUAAUGUUAAUAAACCUUAACCAUGUAAACAGGAAAAUGAAUAGGUUUAUAUUUGCUUUAUUUUGUCUGUAAGUGCCUCAAUAAAGUUUUUCUUUCAUAUAUA